ACGAACUUUGAACCUAACGAAGAGGCGGUAUCAUGUGAUCAAAUAGAAACCGAAAAACGAAACUAAAAUAAGCUCAAUUGUAAAUUCUUUAAUAAUAUAUUUACUUACUCUUGAAGAAGGGAGAUACAGAAGUUUAAAAUGGCUUCUGCUAGAUCUUCUCCAGCAUAUUCACGAGGUACUCAUACAUUGGAGGUACCAAUGGAACUGUUCGGUCAAAAUCGCCAGAGGUUGUGUGAAGCUCUUCGGAAAGAUCCUCGAGUUCCAAAGAAGGCCAUUGUAUUGCUUCAAGGAGGUGAAUCAACAACCAGAUACUGUUCUGAUCAUGAACCACUUUUUCGACAGGAAUCUUAUUUCCACUGGGCAUUUGGAGUAGAAGAACCAGACUUUUAUGGAGCAAUAGAUGUAGAUAGUGGAAGAGCAAUCUUAUUCCCUCCCAAUCUACCAGAAUCAUAUGCUAUUUGGAUGGGCAGACUGUUGACACAAGAAGAUUUUCGUGUAAGAUAUGGUGUUGAUGAUGUGUUUUUUUCAAAUGAUAUUCUGAAUAUCCUAAAAGAAAAGUCACCAUCAGCUCUUCUGACUCUGAAAGGUCUAAAUACAGACAGUAAACAGUUUAGUCGACCAGCUGCUUUUGAUGGUAUCAGUAAUUUUACUGUAAAUGAUGAAUUACUACAUCCUGUGAUAUCUGAAUGUCGUGUUUUUAAAUCAGAUUUGGAGUUGCGAGUUAUGAGAUAUGUCAAUAAAGUAAGCAGUGAAGCUCAUAAAGAGAUAAUGAAACUUGUUCGACCAGGUUUAUAUGAAUACCAAGCAGAAAGUAAAUAUGGUGAUUAUUGUUAUUUUAUUGGGGGAUUCAGACGAAUGUCAUAUGUUUGUAUCUGUGGAAGUGGUAAUAACGGUGCUACUUUGCAUUAUGGCCAUGCUGGUGCCCCUAAUGCUAAACGUAUUGAAAAUGGGGAUAUGUGUCUGUUUGAUAUGGGAGGUGAAUAUUACUGUUAUUCAUCUGACAUCACAUGUUCAUUCCCAGCCAAUGGAAAAUUUACUGCAAAACAAAAGGGAAUUUACGAAGCCGUAUUGAAGGCAAGUCGAGCUGUGAUGCAGCAAGUCAGACCUGGUGUAUCUUGGGUUGAUAUGCAUAAGUUAUCAGAGAGAACAGAACUAGAAGCCCUGAAAGCUAUUGGUAUUGUUAGUGGUGAUAUUGAUGAAAUGAUGAAUGUAAGAUUAGGUGCAGUAUUUAUGCCACAUGGUUUAGGGCAUUUUAUGGGUAUUGAUACACAUGAUGUUGGUGGGUAUCCUGCAGGUGUUGAGAGACCAGAAGGAGCAGGUAUACAAUCCUUAAGAACAGCUAGAACAUUAGAAGCCAGAAUGGUAAUAACCAUUGAACCCGGCAUAUAUUUUAUAGAUGCUCUCAUUGAUGGUGCCUUAGCUAAUCCAGAACAAGCUAGAUUUAUCAACAGAGAUCUUCUCAAUCAGUAUAGAGGAUUUGGUGGGGUGAGAAUUGAAGAUGAUAUUGUGAUUACGGAAGAUAGUAUGGAACUAUUAACAGACGUUCCUAGAACUGUAGAAGAAAUAGAAGCUUUGAUGGCAGAAGGCAGACAAUCCCAUGCUCCAUUGCCUCAAGAUACUUGUGGAUGAUUGGCUUUCUUUCAAAACUGUUUAUGACAUAUAUCUCAUUUCAAAAUUUGUUACUUACAUGCUUAUUAGUAAAAGAUAAUAGAUAAGUACAUAAUAUAUAAGUAUAUUUUAUUCAUUUUUAUUCAUAUAUUUUUAUUCAAUAUAAAUGAAUAGGAGAUCGCGGAACAGGCAAAAUGUCCUAUGUCAGACCCCUUUCUCCCUAUAUAAGUACAUCUUUUAUUAAACAAAUAUCCUAUCAUUUAAAAAUCAAUUGCUUGUAAUAUUGUUAUGAAUAUUUAUUGGGCAAAAUAGAAUUAUUUUUAUUUAAAAUUUUCAGAUAUAUAGAUGUACAAAAUUUGUAAGCUUAUAUACUAUUUGGUCAUUGCUAUAGGUUAGGGGUUGGCAGCGCCGGAUUAAGACCCACAGAGGCCCUAAGCACUUAAAUGAUUUUGUUGCCACCAUAUAUGUAUAAUUCAAAACAUAAGAGUAAGUGCAGGGGGACUGUACCACACACAAACAAAUAUACAAGAUAAAUCUAAGGACAAGACACAAUAUACAGACAUCACAACCAACAAACUACAUAUCAGAUCAAGUGAAUGGAUCUGGGGGCUAGCCUUAAGCGUCCACUGUGCUGUACAGUCCCGGGCCUGUAGUGAUACAGACUUCACUCAAAAUGAAAAAAGAACUAACAAUAGGGGAAUAUUUCCCAAAUGUUGUAUAAUACUAAUGUGAGUCAUAACAAUAUUUAUAAAGCAUCAACAACUGUUGAGCAGUGGUUAGAGUUUUCCUGGGGUUUUAUGCAUGUGAUUAUUAAUCGCGACAAAACAGGUAACAGUAAGAAAAGACAAAAAAAAUGAAAAACUAAUAAUAAGAUCAUAACUAAUUUUUAAAUUUAAUUUUUUAAUUUUGGCAUGUAACAAAGCAGACGUUCUGCCUUAAGCACAUGCUUAUUUUGCUUAAUGAUUAAUCCAGCAAGCCCUGAAGAUUUGGGGGCAGUACUAAGAGAAUCGUUACAGAUUUAUGAUUAAAACCAUUGUUUUAACACUGAAUUAAAUAAAAAAAAUUAUGCUCAAAUUAGUGUCCAUUUGAUAUGUUCUUGCCUCUUGGUGUAUGCCUUUGUUUAUAUCCACAUAAACUAAUUGACAUUCCUCAAUCACUCUUCAGUAUUAUGACUAGUCUAGCACAUAUAUUUAUCUGUUAUCAAAAUGUUUUGUUUUUUACUACAGAAAACAUUAUUCUGACAUUUUUGUACAUAAAAUAUAUUUGUGUCAUGUCACUAAUCUACAGAAUAAAUUUUUUAAUACAC